AUGUCUGGCAAGCACAUUUUCUAUCCUUCGCCGCGAGUGUCGCAACUAGAUGCGUAUAUACUUGAUGGAGAACUAUUCUCGUUGCUUAAGCAGCAACUAGCGGAUUCUUUCCAACUGCUUUCUGGAAAGUCAUGGUCUUAUGGUCAGCAACCUGAACUCUGGACUCUAGCUCUCAAAUUACUAAUUUUCCGGCUUACUACGUACAAGUCGGGCUCAACAUACGGGUUGAAACUACAGAACUUGAAGCUCUCAAACUCUUCCACCGGAAGAAUCAUUGGACGUGGUACCAAACUCUUCAUCUUGGGAACUAUAUUUGGUGAUUUCUUGUUCAAAAAAUUCCAAUCGUAUCUCUAUUCAAUAGAGGGCCCUGUUGUAUCUGGUGACUCUGUUUAUGAAAAACUUCGAGCUGCCAUUAUGCGCAAUAAGGAUGAGAUUCUCAAGAAGAUUGAUGACUCCGUCAAAAUAUUAGAUCUAUGUAACUUCGUGGCAUUCUUGGUCUAUGGCCGUUAUCCAACUAUUCUUCACCGUAUUUUGGGAGUGUCAUUGACUCCUAUUAUCGCCGAUUUGUUGAAGUUUGAUGCGGAUAAAGUGAAUUUCGAGUUCCAGAAUAGACAGUUGGUGUGGAACGUCAUGACAGAAUUUCUUGUGUUCAUUCUACCUAUGCUCCACCUCCGGAAGGUCAAGAGACUGAUCCUCAGCAUCCUUCCUAACACAAGAAAAGUCGAAUACAGAUCAACGUCCGAGAAGCCUGUCCAGACUAGGUUUACUACUCUCCCUCUCUCCCAAUGUGCAAUUUGUAUCGAAACCAUAGAGAGAAGCGACAUCAAGGCUGCCAGCACACAUGUGACGAAUGCCUUUAUAACCAAUUGUGGACAUAUCUUCUGCUACGUAUGUCUCGCUACAAGGUUUAAUGCCAUUGAGAACGGAAAUGAGGAAGCCGAAGGAUGCCCCAGAUGCAGAUUGAAAUUAGAUCAUUUUCAUCAGUAUGGAUCCCAGGAGGAUGUUGAUACUGAUGCAAUUAUGGUGGCAUAUGAAGACGUUGAAGAAGCAUCGGAUGACGAGGUCAUCGAGAAUACUAAUGGUGCCGAAGACUUGGAGGACAACCAUGAAGAAGACCAUCUAUUGAUCAAUGAGAAGGAAGAUUUUAGUGAAAUGGAAGACUUAGAAGAAGAGGUAGAGGAUUAUGAAGAUGAGGGUGACGAUUACGAAGACGAGGAUUAUGAUGAUAUUGAGGAGUACUAA